UCUAGUCGCUCUCUCGGAUUUGUUAAUUUUUUGUUAACGUUCUGGCGUAUUUUCUUUUAUUUAUUUUAGUUUUUGUGCUAUAUUUCGGUCAAAAAUUCAAAUCGGUACGCCUUAAUGUUCUCAGGAAAGCCAGUGGCUCGGAAUUCGGUCGUUUAAAGCACCAAUCAGUACAAAGUUAGCCGGCGCGUCGCGGUUGCACGCAUGUAACCCUAAUCACAAUAAUAAACAUUUCCUACCAGCGCAAUAAUGCCAUCAUAAGAUUAUUAAGUUUGCCCCGACCAUGAGUGAACAGCAGCCAUCGGGGGACUCGGCUCCGGCGUCGACUGGAGCGGCCAGUGCCGGAGGAGGAGAUCCGGGCUGGUCGGGAAAGAAUGCAGAGCGCGGGUCGGGACACACAGGUGGUCCGCCAAAUCAAAACAAUUGGCGGCAGAACAACUCUAUGCAAUAUAACUCGCGACCCUGGCAUCGAGGCCGUGCGGACAGCGGUCACUUCAAGAAUAGAGCGUGGAAUAACUAUAAUCACAGGGACACGCCCUACCGACGACACAAUAAUACAAACUACGGAAGUAGGGGGCGCCAAGAGAGAGAUUAUACACAGAGAAUUGAUUAUCAUACGAAAAAUUACCACGAACGUAGAGAGAGGAGUGGAGAGCGAGAGUUAGAGAGGAGUCCCAGGAAGCCGCGAAAUUCUGAGGACAGCUAUCGCACUUCCGGUAGAUAUCGAGAUCAUCACUACAGGGACCAACACCACAGAUAUCAGCGCAGGUGGAGUGAGGAAAAUAGUGCCAAGUCGACCGUUCAUAAUGACUCAAUAGGUAAUGAAAGCAGUUCGCAUCCAAGCGGAUCCACCGGGCACAUUAACAGAAAUAUCAACGAUUCUGCUGAACUGGCGGAAAAAGUAGUAGAAGUAGUAGAAGCUUCCGAAGCUGAUCACCGAAAGGAUAAAAGCCCCAGUAAAAAGCUGAAAUCACCCACUCAAGACAAACCCAGUAAGGAUACCCCAACCGAAGAGGCUAGUCAACCAUCACUCAAUCCUCCCCGCAUUCAAGUACGUCCCCUCACCCAACUGCUCAAGCAGGAGAUACUAGCGGUUACCCAGGAGAAUCGUCUCAACCAGCGCCCUGUUGGCAGCUCAACUCCACCCGCUCGCAUCUCGAGUCCGAGUCGCCAAACAUUCAAACCCGUUCUCAAAAACCGUCGUCGAACCGUUAGUAGCAGCAACCAAAAUGGCGCUGGUCCCAGCACAAGCCAAUUUUCAGAAAGCGAAGCCAUCAUCAAUAAUCGCAUCGCCGGCAUGGACAAGGAGAGUCUCAAGUAUAUAAUCAACAACAGCGACACGAUCUACGAUGAGCACUUGAAAGUCCAAGCCCGGAAACGGUUGCGCGAAGAGAUUCGCCGACAGCUAAAAGCUAUUGAAUUGGAUCAGCCAAAGGAUAAUCCUGUGACGGAGCUGGUCGAGGACGAAAUCGUAGAUGCCAUCAAGUUGCCCGAACUUUUGCUGCAGGAGAUAGAAAAAUGUUUUGGCAAGGAGUUCAUAGAAGAUCAAAAACUUCAAGACACUGAAGAGAAUCUGAGCUCAUUCCAUGAAUUCAACGCCCCUGGAACGGAAUUUAGUGAAGUGGAAAUCAGUAAAAAGCAUUUUCAAGCCAGUGAGGAAUGCAACCAAGAAAGUGCAACUAAUAGAAAGGAUUCCAAGUCUAUCAAAGAUAGUGAGCAGUCCAGUAAGAAGAGCGACCAUCAAAGCAACGAGCCGGCUUUAAAAAUUGAAAAUCAGUCUAACAGCAAUCAAAAUAAAGUAACUGAGGAGUUUACUGAAAACGACAACACGAUUUAUGCACCCAGUGAUAUUAUUCAGGAUAACAGUGGAAAAAACGAAGAUAAAGUAAACCAAAAGCUUGAAAUCCAGGCUAAGCGAAAGGAAAGAAGAGACAGACGAAAACAGAACAAAUUAGAAUUUAAGAUGAAGCGUUCCAAGGAUCUAAUGUCUAGGCUUAAGGCAGCUGACGAGGUCAAGAUGAUGGCAGAAAAACGUCUGGCCAAGAGCCGUGGUCCCCUAUUGCCCACCCCACCUGAUGGGAGGAUUCCAAACAAGUUUGACUUGCCUCAAGAUCAGCCAAAGAGAAAAUCUGAGGACCCGAGGGCUGCUAGUUGUGAGAGCGAAACCAAUGCCAUGAUAUCCGUACCAGAGAUCGAUGCACCUCCCGAUUCUGAAGCCGAAAUGAAACAUAGCCCUUCUCAAACUCGGGAGAGAACUCCUAAAUUGUCAGAAUCCAAAAAACAAAGUACUAGAAAAACUCCUUCGGUAAAACAAACAUCAAAGAGCACAAAGAACAAAUCAGAUAUCAAUAUACCCCUAAAUAAAGUAAUCAAAAGCGAAUCUAACACCUCUCCAAUUCGGAUAAGUUCCCUUCCGAAGGAUGUCAUAGAGCUCCUGAGCUCCUCUGAGGAAGAUGUUGGUGAAGAGAAUAGCACAGUGGAUAUGGAGAUAGAUGCGCCGGAGGAAAACCAGGCUAUGGAGCCUGAACCUGCGACUAUCGAUGACGCUGCCAGUGAUCACUCCUCGAACUCCCAUUGUAGCACCGAAUCUGAGAAGAGGCGCUUCAGAUUAAAGCUUCAGAGCGAUGCAGAAAACGUGGUUGACAGUUUUGAAAAGCUGAUUCUUCCGCAUCUUCGCGAGACGCUGUCGGAUCGCUAUCACUUCCAGCACUCUGCUAAUCUGCAGAGCCGCCUGCACUUCAUCUCCUGCGUUGUGACUAGCUCAGAGCAUAACCCUAAGAGAUUCAGUAAAAUCGAUGUGGCCAAAAUACAGAGGAAUCUCAAAGCCCCUGACAACAGGCAGAGUAUAGAAUUUCUCCUAAAAGAGAUCGUCAGCGUGGUAAGUCUACAAAAGCAGCGUCGUCGAGAGCAGGAGGAACAGACGGCUGUCAAUGGUCUUAGUCCCAAAAAAGUGGAACAAAUAGUGAAAGAAACACCAAAGGCCUCUACCUCUCCUAUAUCAUCUAUGGAUCAGAGACUUCAGAAAUUACCGGCCCCCCAGAGCCCCAACGGAUUGACUUCCGUUGUAAGUUUAUCGCCCCUUCAAAGUCCUCCAGCUUUACCGGCAGCCCAAAAUCCACAACCAUAUCCCAUCGGUUUGCCAUUUAUGUCAAUGGAUUCCAAUCUCUACCGCUUUUAUCCUGCUGGUUUUUCUCAGCUAAGAAAUGGAACAGAUAAAGUUGAACCUCUCGCUCAGGUGGGAGAGCUUUUAACCCAGAAUAUAGCUGAAAUUGACCGUCACUUAAUGGAAAACCAGAAUCGGCGCAGCAUUCUUGAGGAAAUGAUUGUCAAGUUUCAGCAGGAGAUUUCCCACCUGGACAAGCAAAGUCUAGAGUUGCAGAGUCGCAAAAUAAUGCUAUUGAUUUCUAGCAAUCAGACAGUUACAGCCGCACCUCCUCCGCCAGUGGCGUCUUCCAGAAGCUCACCUCCUCCUGUAUCCCCUACUCAGGAACCAACACAAGAGGAGAAUGUCAGGCAAACAAGAAGCAGAACAAGAUUCAGAUAUGUAAAGCUGUUGCCCAGACGCGUGAAACUGAUUCCGAAGCGGGCCACCAAGAAAAGUGUCAAAUCGGAUGAGGUAAGUGAUCAAUCUCAGCAAGAGAUUGCUGAUAAGGAGGAGUGCGACCAAGAGCAAGCUAAAGAAGAGAAAUCAAGGCUAGAGAACCUAUCGGAUGUUGAGGAAGAGAUCCAGGAUGAGACUGACUCCCCACCCACCGCCAAGCCCAAGUCAUCACCUUUGAGCAAACAAAAAGCCAGUGUGAGCAAACACCCAUUGGCUGUUAUACCACCGCUACCACCACCACCACCGCCUCCUGAACCAAUCUGCCACUUUUCCGACGAACUGCAUCCAUCGACUGACUUUCCAGAACUGAACUCCCAAUGCAAUGUGGGGCUCAUACCUCAGGGUAUGCUGCACGAUGUCGUGAGUCCCAUUACCCAGCUACGAAUCUUCAGGAAAUAUGUUAUUGCUGCCUCCGAGGAUGGAGAUAUAUACAUGUUCCACCUGAUCAGCCACAAACUGGAGCGAAAGAUAACCAAACACAGUGAGGCCAUCACAAAUAUGUUUCUGUGCGAAAAGGACUCGCUUCUCUAUACCACGUCGUUGGAUGGUUUUUUCAAGAAGACUUCUUUGGAGAACCUAGAGCGGGUCAUGCAAACUGUUUACUUCAAGGAACCCCUUCAAUCGAUUGACAUUGCUUGGGGAGUGGCCUUCAUUGGCAGUCGCUGGGGGAACAUUUUUACCUUCAAUGUGACGACCAACAAGCAGGCUGAAAUGUCGCUGGUGUCCACUGGCCAGUCCAUCAUUGCCAUCAAGGCCACCAAGGAGGGUGUGAGAAAGAUCCUUAUUCUCGGAUGCAAGGGAAGCUCUAUCUACAUGAAUGAUGCCACCAACGGAUUGCUGCUUCGCCGGCUCUGUGUGCCAGGGGGUCUGAAUGUUUACAGCCUGCUGCUGAGCGAUGGACACAUUUACUGUGGCACGCAGAAAAAUCAGAUAUAUCAAUUCGAGUUUGUUACUGGCAACUUGGUCACCAAGUUGAGCUGUGGCAACGGUGCUGUGUCUAUUGUUUCGUAUAAAGAGCGCUAUCUGCUGGCUGGCUGCUAUGAUGGGUUCAUCUAUGUCCUGGACAAGGUGACUGGCAAGCAAGUAGGCCGUUUUGAAGGCGCUGGGCGUUUGGUUUUAGCCCUGGCAGUGGCUGGCGAUAAAAUCGUCACAUCUUCUAAAGAUAACUCUCUGGGAAUACUGGAAGUGCCCGCAGCUAUGGUUAAUGACCAGUAAAAAGCUUAGCAUUACAUUGUAUAAAUCUGAUUUAAUUUAAC